GGGCAGGAAAGAGGGCUAUAAGGGCCGCGGCCCAGGCGGGCAGAAGCCAAGCAGGCCAUGGCGGAUGUCCUCGGGGCGCAGAGACCAGUUCCCAGCGGCGGCCCAGAGCCCCGGGAUCCCCUGGACUGCUGGGCCUGCGCUGUGCUGGUCACUGCCCAGAAUCUGCUGGUGGCUGCCUUCAAUCUUGUCUUGCUGGCGCUGGUGCUGGGGACCAUCCUGCUACCCGCUGUCACCAUGCUAGGCUUCGGCUUUCUCUGCCACUCCCAGUUCCUACGCUCCCAGGCACCCCCUUGCACCGCACACCUGAGGGACCCAGGCUUCACGGCCCUGCUGGUCACCGGAUUCCUGCUCCUCGUGCCGCUGCUCGUGCUUGCCCUGGCCAGCUACCGCCGCCUCUGCAUGCGCCUCCAGUUAGCCGACUGCCUCGUGCCCUAUAGCCGAGCCCUCUAUCGGCGUCGACGCACCCCGCAGGUGCGGCAAAUCCGGGCCUCACCAGGGUCCCAGGCCGUUCCCACAUCUGGAAAGGUAUGGGUCUGAGGACCCACGAGUCAAGAACCACCCUGACGACUGCUCUCCCUUUCAGUCUGCCCAAGGACUUGAAGACCCAGGGGGGUCUCCCGACCUACUUUGCCCCCACCCCUUGCCCAAGCGGGUCCUAGCAUUCCCCUGGCGAACUGCAGCAUCUGUGAGCCCAGUGCGGGUGAAAGUU